AAUUGGAAUCUUAUCCUAUCCGUUGGGUUUUAAUUAGGGUUCUUCGCUUGGUUGGCUAUGGCGGUCCUCGUCUCGUCCUCGUCGCGCCUCGCGCUCAAACAAUCGCUCACAGAGCCAUUCCAGGUGAGGCAAUCCCCAUCGCUGGGCUUCCCGCAGACCCGCGUGGCCCCGAUUGGCAUCGAAUGCUCGUCCAGGCCGCAGAAGAAGGCCACAGCCCACCACAUCAAGUCGCGCCCAAAGAAGAAGGGCUAUGACAGGAGGAGGAAGGGACCGACGCGCUACCCCCCACUCUCCGAGCGCCCCGCGAUUUGGGACAUCCUCACUCCCAAAUCCUGGGCUCUGCGAGCAUUGGGCGUCGACGACCACCCUUCUGUCAGGAAAUCCACCACUGCUGCUGCUAGCGAUUCGAAGGAGCCGGCCACGGUCGAGGUCGAGGUUGUUUCGUCGUCGACAGAGUGAUCGAUCUAAAGAUCCACUGCCAGCAUUUUGAGAGAAAUCAAUUCGCUCCCCAGGAACUUUGUUGCUCUUGCGGACUUUUUUCUCUUGUGCCACGACGAGAGAGCUUCGUGACGUAUAAAACCUUCUCUUUUAUUUCU